AUGGAGGGUGUCUUGGACGAAAAUCCAUCAAGCCAAGACAACUCCAGACCACGUCAUCCCACCCCAGAACAACAAGAGGUCAUAAACCAAGCCCGGAUGGCCAGCACCAUCCACCGAACAAACGAGCACAUAAUUGCAGAUCCACAACAUCCCGAGAAGGCAAGGGACAAAGCGACACAGAUCAUUCAGGAUCUCUGCCUCCGAGUCCAGGAACUUGAAGGUAAACUUACCAACAAAAUAAUCGUUAAAGGACUCAAGAAACGACUCGACGAAGCCAAGGGACUAUGGGCAGAUGAGCUAGGGUCAGUCCUAUGGUCGUACCGAACAACACCACAAACGAGCACGGGAGAAACGCCCUUCCGACUAACAUACGGCGUGGAAGCAGUCAUCCCAGUGGAGAUCGGGGACCCCAGCCCCAGGAAAACGGUCGGAGGUAACGACGAAGAAGCAGAACGAGACCUCGUGGACGAAGAAAGAAGCAUAGCUCACGUCAAAGAGUUAGCGCUCAAACAAAGAAUCAGCCUAAGGUACAAUCACGGCGUCAUCCGACGAGAAUUUGCUGACAACGACCUUGUCCUACGACGAAACGAUGUCGGUCCCCCGACCCCGGGAGAAGGAAAGCUCGCCCCCAACUGGGAAGGACCAUACAGAAUCAAGGCCGUAAUUGGAAAAGGAGCGUAUAAACUCGAACGACUAGACGGCAGCGAAAUACCAAGAACUUGGAACGCAGCCAACUUGCGAAGAUACUACACUUAA